CUGAUAUCAUACCACCACUCUCAAUCAUAUAACAACCAGCUUGCAAUCUUCCAAUCCGUGAUCAUGAUCCAAAGCAGAAAAACAUCUACUAUUGCACCUUCAACACCUCGACCAGCAGCAAUCAAUACCAAUCAGCACUACUACUCCCGCCUCGACUACUACUGCAGCAUCGUCGAGAAAGCACUACAGACAAGCCGACCCAGUGUACAUUUCUACUAUCUGAACACAAAGCAACACCGGCCCAUCAGCAGCAGCAGCAGCAGCACCAGUCAAUAAGCCCCCCAACCGAAUAGACAACAGCCACAGAAUGUCCGCAGUCCGUGGUUUCGUUGUUUUGGGUAGCAUUGCAGCCGUUCCUCUCGGCCUCGUCUACGGUCACGCGGCGCGCCAGCUCAGCAGCAGGGCUUCGAGUGCCUAUAGUCAACGAACUGGGGUUUUUGCUUCACUUCCCAAUAAAAACAACAAAUCUGUCGAUCCUCAGCAGGCGGAGAAGGAUAGGUUGAGAGCAAUUCGCAGGGCAGAGAUCCAAGAAGGUAUCCGUUCGGAGCUGGAGUGGUUGCAUCAGAAUGACUUGACAUGCACGUUAUGACUACGAGAUGCUUGUGGUGGUCUUUAAGAGAGAGAGAACGAAAAUAUACCAGGUAAUGAUGGAAGGCGUUUGGGAGGGCUUCUUUUUCGGGAGUGGAUGCUUCGUGGCCCUGUAUGGUCAUUUGAGAUAAUUUCAGUCGUAUCGUUUUCGACCUCAAUCUCGUACUGCAUCUUCUCGUGCCUCUUACCGUCUUUGCUGGAGGGUGAGAGAGGGAGGCAAGGAGGAAGAGGAGGAGGGAGCGGAGAGGAACUCAGUUCUACACUACCGAGGCCUCUAGCUCUGCCAAGCAUUUCCAGUCCUUCUAACAGGUAAUGAAUGAAAACUGGAUCUUGCGUUGUCAAUUCCCUAAAUACGUUCGGUGAAAGUGACAGUGGUAAUUAUGAGGCACGGAAGCAAUAGUGAAAUGAUGUGGCAUGGUAUUAAGAAGUACCUCCAUGUAUUCUAGGAGGCACAAGUGCGCUCGGGAGGACUUAUGUACCGUAAUGCAGCCUGCACUUUGAC